GUUAAUAACCCACUCAGAUUUAUGGAAAGAAUCAUAUCUUUUGUGCUGUGGACCACAUGGAUAACGCUUUCUUUAUUUCAGGCUAAGGACAGGUUCGCUUUGAAUAACUUUUCCAAGGUGGCAAUUGUGCGGCUCAUUCACUAUGGAUCCUUCAAAUGGAACUUUAAAUAAUGACCAGAUCACUGGUCUCUCGACUGUGUACCUAGUAUCUCUGUCUGUAAGCAUGAUUGGGAGUUUUUCAGUGCUGGUGGUUUCCAUCGCAAGGAGGAGGCACUUACAAGAACAGGUGCAGCCCCUGGUCCAGCUGGCUGUAGCUGAUCUGUUGGCAGCAGCCACCUUGAUGUUCACCAAUGCAAUGAAUGAGACCGACAGCUUCACCGACAGUGUGUUAAUCUGUAAACACCUACUGCCUCUGUCACUGACAUUUUACUGUGUGUCGUUUCUGCUGGUGGUAGUGUAUGCCUGGGAGUCAAAGCAUGCUGUCGAGGGAUGGAGGGAGAGACCAAGAGAGGAAGAGUCCCAGUGUAGACGAAGGGUGGUGGUUUUGCCUGUAUAUACACUUGUGUGGUUUACGCCGUUGGUGAUGUACUUUGCGUACACAAUGUCUUUAGUCCUGACCACAGCGGACUUGGUACCAGCCGGCCACGGGACAGCAAACAACAGUGAAGUUAGCACAUACUGCACCAGCUGUAUCCUCUUCUUGCAUGUCUGGAGUGACCACUGCUCAGAUAUUGAACAGAUCCAUGACAUGUUCAUGCGAUGCUUCCUCUUCUUCAGUGUGAUACUAGUGUUGGUGUGCUGCACAGUGGUUUACUACAAGGUGGACAGCUUGUAUCGCAGGUACGGGGAGGGACUAUUUCCUGUGGAGGGAGACGCACGUUCCAGAAAAAGACUGAGGGGUGUGUUCUCCACUGUUCGCUACAUGAUUGUGGUUAUCAUCUUCUGCUGGACGCCAGCUCUUCUUCUGGUUGUCCUGUCUGUGAUGCCAGACAUACCUAAAGAGAAGCUCUUCCCCCUCUAUGUUAUACAGGCGGUGACGGUGUCUCUGCAGGGCUGUCUGAACAGUGUAGUCUACGCCUGGAGACGACCAAACUUCAGAGACGCUGUGCUUGGAGAGAGAAUGCCCUUGCUCAGCCAAGACGCCCCCCUGUCCUUCUUCGACGAAUCACUGAGGGGGCCACCAGAGUGACGGAAGAGGAAGCGAGACAUUCCACUCGCAAGUUUUUUCUGGUUCAUAUACAGUCAAUAAACUAAACAGACCAAACCCAGCUACUAAUGCAAUGGUGCUAUGGGAGAGCCACCCCCUGAAGCAGAAAGGAACUGACCAUUUUUGGUCAAUGGUAAACGGCCUGAGUGGGACAUCUCAUCUAUCCACCAUUUUUGGGGGCGCCCUUGACGCCUGACCUCUAGCCCUUAACCCUGACUCGAGAGAUGCUGCUGGUGGAAUUCUCCCUCUGGCCCAGAUCUAGAAAGAGUUUACCCUGCUCAAAUACUAACCUUCACCAUUGAGGAAAGCGAUUCAACACUGGACUUAGAUCAGUUUCUAGUUAUAACUUCAUUCCUCUACUCCCACUGGGAGUCUGGAGCCAAGGCAAUGGAGUUUACUAUGUACUUAUUUUAGUGUUAUUUAUUCUGAAAAUAAUCUUCAAUGCUUUAAUAUUCCUUUUUUAGUACUGUGUUAUUUCUGUAAGAUGGGUUGAUAAGGUGAUCAUUAUGAUGAGUUGUAGAGCCAGAUGGGCCGGAGAAUAAUAGAAGUCAACAUGAUAUGACAAUGAUUCUGGUUUGAUUAAUUCAUUGAUUAAUAUGGUUUACAAAGCACUUCCUUAAGGGUUGGGGGAUGGGCCCCUUUCACAAUUUCCAAAAGAUAGCUAGAGUUACUAUGGCAGGAAUUGUCUACAACAUAGCAAACAAUGUAACUAGCAAGCAUAGCAAGUUAUCAUUUGUACACAUUCACAGUCUUUUGUAUCAGGUUGUAAGUCACUCUGGAUAAGAAUGUCUAAUAAAUGACAAAAAUGUCAAUGUAAAUAUAGUAUCACCCUGAACAAACUGAAGAAAGAUCAGGGGUAUGUUUUUUAUUCUAUCAUUUGACAUCAAUGAUCCCUUAAUUUUGGGGGGGCAUUUAGCGAAUUGCAGGUCUGCUGAGUGCGAACCUGAACGUUGUGAAAAUUCUGUGCAACUUUCAGCACAUUUACUGUGAACACUGAGGUUGUACUCGCUUUAAGUUCGUUUUAACAGUGGCCAAGUAGGCUACUGUUGCUAUUUGAUCAUAAUAUAGGCCUACCAGAGUGGCCUACCAUCAAAAACAAUGGAGAAAAUGCAUCCCAUAACACAUGGAAAUAGCUGUUCUAUCAUUCAAGCCUGUCUCAAAUUACAACACUGCCCCUUUAAGACAAAAAAACUCUUUAUUUGACUAGCUUUUCAAAGAUGUCUAGAAAUGUUGACAUUUUGUGCUCUUGUAGGAAGCAAUCACUCUCCUAUUGCUGACUACACAUUAUCUAUAACUGAGCUAAUAACUCACUUGAUCACAAUUGCCACAGUAAAGGGAAACGUUGAUAGUGUUAACUAACAGGGAAAACUCUAGAAAGUUGAGUCAAGUUCAAUCUCCUGCUUCUCUCUGUGGGCUGAUAUUUAUUCUGUGCUCUGCAAGGCAAUCCUGGAGGAGCUGCGGGGAAGUCACAAGCUACUGCGCGCAGCUUAAAGGGAAUAUUGUUUGACAUGUGUAUAAAAGUAGAAAAAUAAGAAUGUGAGUCAUUUUGCAUUUAUUUGUUGACCAGUACUGUAUUAUAUUUUGGCAAGUAUACCUUCUUUUGUGGCCAGUAAAAUCCCAGGAGAACAUUUCAUAACAUGUUGUUAUGAUGUUUUAUUUGUACAAUAAAUGCAUUCUUACCCAGUCCCAUUCUA